AUGUUCUCUUCGACCAAUAUUCGAUCAAGUGAUUCAUUUCUAUCAAAAUCUUCAUCGGCCAGUCCUCAAAUUGUUCACAAACAAAAACAAUGGAUAUUUCGUAAAAUUAUCGAACUGUUUCUAUCGUUUAAUAUCGAUCGAAAAGAAACCGAUGAUAAUACUCAGCAACAUGCUAAAUUAGUGCUACGUGCAUUUUUUAUUUAUAUGAUUUUUGUCACCAAUGUCUUAAUUGUUGCUUUUUUAUCUCAAUCAAAACAUAAAUUUUUUAUUACAAAUGCAUUUGAAUAUCAUAUAAUUGACGCUCAAUUUUCAGUUAAAUCUACUUGGCUCGAACGAAAUGUUCAAUCUAAUCCGUAUAAGAAUGCACGAAAUAAAUAUGGCGAUGCGUUCAUGAUAGAUUUUAAUCGAAUUGCUACAAUUGAUGACAUAUGGCAAUUUAUGAAUCAAACAAUUGGAAAUGUUUUCUAUCGUUCUCACAUAUGGCAAUCGAAUCCAAAUGUAGCUUCUCAACGUUCCAUUCGUUGGGUACUUGAUCAUUUCUUAAUGAUCGGCGUUAUUCGAAUGAGACAAGUUCGAGUUAAAGCGGAAAAAUGCAAUAUACCAAAAUCGUAUUCCGAUGAAAUAGCCGAUUGUUAUCCAGCAUAUUUAUCCAACAAAAAAGAUGUCGACCCAUUUGGUCCUAUCAAAUUUCGUGAUAAUAAUGAAAUUAAUAUGAAACAAGCAUGGCAAUAUAUGCCAGCGAAUAUCACCGGAAUGGAUUCACAUACUGGUCAAUAUGGUACAUAUGAUGGUAGUGGAUAUGUAGCUGAUCUUGCUCAAUAUGAUCGAACAAACAAACGUUUCACAAAUGAUUUGAAGGAAUUAGAAAAAUUUCAUUGGCUUGAUAAAGCAACACGAGCAGUAUUCGUUGAUAUAAUUACUUAUAAUCCAAGCGUUAAUUUAUUUUCUUAUAUAAAACUUAUUUUUGAAAUGCCACCGACAGGCGGAAUAUUUCCUUCAUACAAAAUUGAAAAUGAACAAUUAUUCAGAUAUGUAAAUUCAUCGAAAUAUGUUCUUAUUGGAUGUGAAAUUAUAAUUGUUACAUUUACAAUAGCAUUUCUUUUUAUUGAAAUCGUAAAAGUCAUAGAAUUACGGUGGAAAAUUUUUCUCGAUAUUUGGAAUUGGAUUGACAUUAUUCUUUUAAUUAUCUUGAUUUUGAUGAUUAUUGCUAAUAUACGUCGUGUUUUAAUUAUUAAUUCUACAUUACAUGGUAGAAUGUCGAUAUAUAUUUCCACAUUUGAUGAUUUAACUAUUCGAUUGCUACGCCUUCAAAGUUUAUUUGAUAUCCUAUGCACUCUCCUUACAUCUAUUAGUAUUAUACGUAUAUUGAAAUAUUGCGAUUUUGCUGUAACACUCGUCCGAAUAAAAGCAACAGUUCAAAGAUGUUUCGGAGAUCUUAUUGGUUUUCUCGUCAUGUUUGUUGCAAUUAUGAUAGCUUAUGCACAAUUUGGCAAUCUAGCACUUGGCCAACAAGCUCAAGCAUUUUCAACAGUUGGUAAAGCGUUUGUCGCACUUUUUCGUACCGUACUCGGUGAUUUUGAUUAUGAAGCUAUCAGUGAUGCUUCACCCAUUAUUGGACCGUUAUUCUUUUUCUUUUAUAUAUUCUCUAUGGUAUUUAUUUUAUUCAAUAUGGUUUUAGCUAUUAUAGUCGACUCCUAUGAAGAACUCGGUCAUGAACAUCGUGAUAUAAUUAAUCGAAUGUCAAUUGAUGUAACACCAUUUCUUAAACAUUCAAUUCGGAAAUUUUUUCAAUGGCUAAGACUUUGGAAAAAAGUCAAAGUAAUUGUUCAAUUUAUAAUCAGUGCUGAAGAUUCAUUCAAUUCAAAAACAGUCGCAAAUCUUUUACAAGAAUUGAAAUAUUCUUCCACAUCGUCGUUAUACGAUGAACUUCGACGCGCAUUUGCGCACGAUCUAACAAAAUUAAUACCGAAAGAAGAUUUUGUAGCCUUUCUAAAAUAUGCAAGUGAUGAUAAAGAUCGUCAACGUGAUGCAUUGCAAAGUUUAUUUUCUGGAAAUAUACCGUUGCUAAAUUCCAACGAACAACAAGAAUGGAGUGAACGUGCAAGAAAUCUUUGUACAAUACAACAAUGGUCACAAUUACGAUAUCGUAUAGCACGUUCAGAAGAAUUAUUUGAUUUAAUCGAAGGAAAAAUCGAUUAUAUUAUUCGAACAUCAGAGAAUUUACUGCAAAAUGUAACGUCAUCUCUUGAAAGAUCAGAUAAUGAACAAUGA